UUCUGGCCCGACACUGACCCCCCCGCACCGUGCCCUUCUGCUCCAGCCUCUUGCAACCCGGCUGGGGCCGCAGCACCUGUGACUGUUUGUGUUGCAGGAGCGGGGUGACAAGAUCGCCAUCAAAUCUUGCCGGUUGGAACUCAGCACCAAAAACAAAGACCGGUGGUGCCAUGAAAUCCAGAUAAUGAAGAAGUUAAACAACCCCUUUGUCGUAAAGGCCUGUGAUGUUCCAGAGGAGAUGAACUUCUUAGUUAAUGAUGUCCCUCUUCUGUCAAUGGAGUAUUGCUCAGGAGGUGAUCUCAGGAAGCUCUUAAACAAACCAGAAAAUUGCUGUGGACUUAAGGAAAGUCAAAUACUUUCUCUGCUUAGUGACAUUGGAUCUGGUAUCCAGUAUUUGCAUGAAAACAGAAUUAUACACAGAGAUCUAAAGCCUGAAAAUAUUGUUCUCCAGGAAGAAGGUGGAAAGAUAAUUCACAAAAUAAUAGACUUGGGCUAUGCCAAGGAUCUGGAUCAGGGAAGUUUAUGUACAUCAUUUGUUGGGACCUUACAAUAUUUGGCCCCAGAACUCUUUGAGAGUAAGUCCUACACUGUUACUGUAGAUUAUUGGAGCUUUGGAACAAUGGUAUUCGAGUGUAUUGCUGGAUUUAGACCAUUUUUACAUAAUCUACAGCCAUUUACCUGGCAUGAAAAAAUCAAGAAAAAGGAUUCAAAGCACAUCUUUGCUUUUGAAGAGAUGACUGGGGAAGUUCGGUUUAGUACCCAUUUGCCACAGCCUAACAGUCUUUGUAGUAUAAUGGUAGAACCAAUGGAGAGUUGGUUACAACUGAUGCUGAAUUGGGAUCCACAGCAGAGGGGUGGAGGUAUAGAUGCAGAAACCAAUAGACCAAGAUGUUUCCUAUUAAUGGAUCAUAUACUGAAUCUGAAGAUAGUACACAUCUUGAAUAUGACUUCUGCCAAGAUUGUUUCUUUUCUUUUGCAUCCUGAGGAAAGUCUUCAUUCACUUCAGUCUCGCAUUGAGCUUGAUACUGGAAUAAGUACUGGAAAUCAAGAGUUGCUUUUGGAGAUGGGAAUUUCCCUGGACCCUCGUAAACCUGCUUCCCAAUGUGUUAUUGAUGGUGUGAGAGGCUGGGACAGUUACAUGGUUUAUUUGUUUGAUAAAAGCAAAACUGUAUAUGAAGGACCCUUUGCUUCCAGAAGUCUGUCUGACUGUGUAAAUUACAUUGUACAGGACAGUAAAACGCAGUUGCCCAUUUCACAGUUGCGCAAAGUGUGGGCAGAAGCUGUGCACUAUGUGACUGGGCUGAAAGAAGAUUAUAGCAGGCUGUUCCAAGGGCAGAGAGCUGCAAUGUUGAGUCUUCUUCGAUAUAAUGCCAACUUAACCAAGAUGAAAAACAAUAUGGUGUCCGCAUCUCAGCAGUUGAGAGCAAAGCUGGAGUUCUUUCAUCAGAGCAUUCAUCUGGAUCUGGAGAGAUACAGUGACCAGAUGGCUUAUGGAAUAUCUUCAGAAAAGAUGCUUAAAGCCUGGAAGGAAAUGGAAGUAAAGGCCGCCCUGUGUGCUGAGGCUGGAGAUAUCGGAUACCUAGAUGAACAGAUUAUGGCUCUGCACACAGAGAUUGUGGAACUGCAGAGGAGUCCAUAUGCAAGACGCCAGGGAGAUGUCAUGGAAAGUCUUGAACAAAAAGCCAUAGAACUAUACAAGCAAUUAAAACCAAGACCACCAGAUCACGCUUACAGUGACAGCACUGACAUGGUGAAGAUUAUCGUGCAGACAGUUCAGAGCCAGGAUCGAGUUCUCAAGGAGCUCUUUGGACACCUUAGNAAGCUGUUAGGCUGUAAGCAGAAGAUUAUUGAUUUGCUUCCAAAGAUUGAAGUGGCUUUGAAUAACAUCAAGGAGGCUGACAGCUCAGUAAUGCAGAUGCAGGGCAAAAGGCAGAGGGAGAUCUGGCAUUUGCUGAAAAUUGCUUGUACUCAGAGUUCUGCUCGAUCUCUUGUGAGUUCCAGCAUCGAAAGUGCAGCCACACCUCCAACUGCUACAUGGCUUCCUCCAAACUCGAGCAACAUACCCCAUCCUCUCUCUUCUAUGGCAGUUCCUAGAGAUGGGGAAGUUUUUGCCCGUGUGAUAGAAGAGAAUCUGAACUAUCUUGACCGCUUCAGCACUAUUAUUCAAGAGGCAAAACAGGAGCAGAACAGCAGCAUGAUGAGUCUUGAUUGGAGUUGGCUGAAAUAACUAAGGAAGAAAAAUAGGCACUGUUGCCAUCCCCAAUAUGACCAUGUGCUCAAGGUUGGCUGACUCUGUGAUGAGAUGAAACAGCCCAGUAUCAGUCCUAUAGUGCUGAUUCCACACGCUGCUGAUCCAGGACUGAAUAAUCUCUCUCCCACUGCAUCUGGAUGACAGUUCUGUGAGAGGGAUUUUGUGUUUUGUAAACAUUAGCAGACUUGAUUAUAGAGUACAUGGGCAGCAACAGAGACUUUGCUUUGGAUGUUUUGCUGCUAGAGGCAAAUGUUUUUCAAUCUGCUGCCUCAUGUCGGGGCUUUUAAAUCCAUACUGAGGUACCUAAAGAAAUGGCCUGAUUUUCAGAGAUGCUCAGUGACCCUGGCUCCCACUACAUCCCUGAGGGCUGCAGAUGCUCACCACUUUAGAAAUUACACCCUUUCUACUUAGAAGCUUUUUAGGCACCCGGGUUUGGUUUGAAAAUGUUUGCAAUAGCCAAAUAGGGUCUUUCUAGCAACAGGACCUAUCUGACAGAUGCUGCUGGGGAAGGCAACUGUUGCUCUGACUGAAGAACUAAGAUCAGGGCACUAUUUGCAAUGAUCUAUCUGUGGAGAACUUCUUUUGGCCGGAGAUACCCUGUCUCCGCAUUUGACGUUAAUUUAUCUUGGUGCUAGAGCAACUGUAUGCUCUGUAAGAGAAGCAGAGGCAGCAGGUACCUGAAAGAUGUUUGCCUUAUGUCUUCUGAGUAGGAAGAAGGUAGCAAGUGCCUCCUAGAUGCAGGCAGAUUUCUGCCUUAAGUGGCCAAGAUGCACAGUACAAGCAGCAGCAGUAUUUUCAGUGUUGUGCUGUAGUGCUGAGCUGUUGCACCCUCUUUCUCUGGGGCUGGCAUCUCGCAUUUAGAAUCCCACUGGAAAAUGACACAUUGCCUACAUUAUCUUGCUCCUGUCCCCCAGCAUCUCAACCCUCAGAGCCCAGAUUGGGGAAUGUAGUUUCUGAUGGAUAAAAGAAAAAUAAUGGCCAUAGCUUGCCACCUUUGCUGUAUACUCUUGUAUACCAAGAAGAGGUUUUGACAGGUGUUUCUUACUGUUCAGGAAAUUCUCCUCGAUUCCAAACACAGUUUUAUAUCCACUGGCUCCUUAAAAUAUUUAAGAAUUCCAUUUGUUAAUUUGUGAUAAAUACUAUCUUAUGUAGAAUCUUUUUAUGAUUCUUUUUCUGUUCCAGAUUUGUGUCAUUGUAAAGAUUCUACCCUCAAAUGGUCUGACUUGCCAAUGUUCAGUUUGGGCAGGAUGUAGGUGGGGAAGAUAACAGGCUACCUGGACUUCAGUUUGCAGGAAAGGUUUUCAGCACUGGCUAGUGAUUUGGGGUGUGCAACCCAAGCUCUUUAACGGGAUUUGAUUUUUUUUUUUCUUUCAGAGGGCAGGUCCUCAUACUUUCUGAAAAUCAUGCUCUUUUAAAAUGUCUUACUUGAAAAUCUUGAUUCUUGCCUGUCUCUCUCCAUUACUCUUUCUAUAAGGAUAAAUUGCUGUAACACAUUUCAAAACCAGUUAGCCACGAAGCAACAAGUUCACCUCACUAUUCAGUACUUAGGUUUGGUAAGUGAGGUGAACUUGUUGCUUCAUGGCUAACUGGUUUUGAAAUGUGUUACAGCAAUUUAUCCUUAUAGAAAGAGUAAUGGCAACAAAAAAAGUGAAGAAAACUAUACAUUUCACAUCCCCCACAAAGUAACCAGUAGUACACUAAGUGAGCGUCCAUUCCCUUGCCUGCUGGUGCAGUCAUUUACACACGUGCAAGGUGAGUGUACAUUUUGCGCUGGUGUGAGUGACCAAGGAUACAAUACAAUGGCAGUUCUCAAACUGUGGGUCAGUACCCCAAUGUGGGUGUCAAAUCCAUUUUAAUGGAGUCACCCUGACUGGCUUACACUUGCUAGGGCCUGGGGCUGAAGCCAAAGCCUGAGGGUAUCCAUGCUAUGUAGCUGGGCUCAGGUUACAGGUCCCCUGCCUGGGGCUUUGGCUCCCCACCUAAGCCAGCAGAGCUCAAGCAAGCUCAGACUUGGAUCUCCCUCCCUGGGGUCAUGUAGUAAUAUGGGUCAGAAGGGGUCAUGGUACAAUGACAUUUGAGAGCCUCUGCAAUGGGAAAUUGGGCUCACUGGUGAACUAAGCACAAAAAGGCAUAUUUCAUCUAGUGGCAAACUGAAUUCUGAUCAGUGGGAUUAAAACGAACUCUCGAAGGAAAAUAUAUCUAAGUGUCUUCUGGGUCUGUGCUGCUUCAUACACCAGAGAUCACUACAUUGGUUUUGCCCAUUCUCAGUGUAGCCUCAAGCCCCUCCCACCUUUAAGUUACUCAGUGCAAUUUCUGCUUGGUGCCAUCCUCCACAAGCUUUCUUAAGUUAGAAAUAAGGGGUGUGCAGACAUUUUGCUAUUCACCAGUAAGGUUUCCAUCCAUUAGUCUGCGCUUCUUGCAUUUGAUGUGUCUCAUAGCAGAAAAAGUCUGCAUGUGUAUGUUGAUCCAAAAUUUGACAUCUUAUUGCAAUGCAGUACUGGAGAACUAGACUAUGGGUAUUCAACCAAAGUUCUCAUGUGCUUUUUCUCUUUAGCUGGUUAAUUUCAUCUUCAUCCAGGGCACUAACAUGAAUUAUUUACUUCUCAAACUUCCUUUUAUCAACUCCAGUCCUUUGAUAUACUACUUCACACUUUCUCAGAUGAAAUUCAAAUAGUUUUGAGAACAAUAAGAGGAAGGACUUCAGAUCGCUGAGAAGAAAAGCAGUUCUCAAAACUCCCUGCUGGUGUAAACAGUACUUGUAUGUGAAAUGAUGGAUCAUAGUCAUUUCCUUGAUCAGUGUGCUUCAUGGGGGGAAGGGAGGGGCUUUUUCCAAAUGUGGCAAGUGUGUGUCACAUGAAGUGUCACAUGCAGGUAACGGAGCUGACAUUAACUAAAGGUGUAACAUGAAUUUUCUGACACUAGCAUUUAGUAUGAGCAAGCAGUGUUUUUUUCCCCCCCUUGCAAUGUCUCAUUCAACACCUUCAGGUGACCAGUUAUGAUAAAAGCUAAAAUCCCAUUUUUAUUUUCUGACUUUGCGUGCAUUUGAAAUUUCUGAGCAAGAAACCCUUUGAUUUCUGGUAGAAGUGCCAGGAAGAGGUCCAGUACUUCACCACAGGGUAACCACUGCACUUCAGUGUGCAUGACAAGAUCUUCAUAUUCUGUUUCAAUUUGUUCCAUCAGUUCCACAAACUGAUGGUGAUGCAGGGAGCAAGCAUGAACUAAGUUAAUAAUCUGUAUCACUUUGUCCAUUACAGCUUUCAGUGUGUCUCCCUUGUUAAGUUUAGCAUAGAGCAUCUCUUGGUGUAUUAUGCAAUGCACAUUGCAUAUGUCAGGUACACAAGAUUUCAACAAAGCCAUGGCAUUUUGCUGUCAUGGAGGAGCGCCUAUCUGUUGAAACUGAUACCUUUGAUAUACCUUUUUUGGUACCAAAAGAAUUGUAACUUGUACUCUCUUAAAAUCAGUAACUGUCAGAGAAAAUGCUGAGCCUUGUGCUCUCCCAUUUAUUCCCAAGAAAUCUAAGAAUUCUUCUGUCGUGUUCAACACAAUGAAUGCGUGUGCAGAGCUGAGUAAUGUUAUUAAUAUCUUUGCAUUCAUGCAGGGCUAUCCUGAUAGCCACACUUGAACAUACAGUUAUGAAAAACUAGUCUUCCUGAUGAUUUGACUUCAUUUCUGUAAAUAUUGUAAACAAUAAAAUUUUAGUAAUAGCG